AUGCCGAACAGCCGUCCAAAAUGGUUUCGUCCAGGAAAGACACCAAAAGAAACCACACCUGACAAGACAGCCUUAGAAGGCCUAGAUACGACUCCUUUUCUCUCACCUGAUCCUUCUGAAAUAGUGUGGUCCCCCAAUGAGCUUGGUGAUCCAUCACACACCCCAACGGAGCUGGGCCGAAAGCUCUCUCUGGCUGAGACUUUGCGAGCAAACUCAACAUUCGCACUCCCCUCGCGGAAUCUAUCAGUUUCCACCGACCGACGUAACGACCCUCUGGGCCUGACUGUUCUUUAUGAACCAGAAUCAUCGCCUUCUCUCGACAUCAUCUUCGUUCAUGGUCUAGGCGGUACCAGCCGAGCUACGUGGGCACGGGGUCGGGAUCCAGAGUAUUUCUGGCCAGAGAAAUGGCUUCCUCUCGAGCCAGGGAUUCGGAUGGCAAGGAUCCUGUCCUUUGGCUAUAACGCGAACUGGGCAUCAACCGGAUCGACCCCUAUCACGGGAAUAACCGACUUUGCGAAAGACCUGUUGUAUUCGAUGAAGUUUGCGAAGGGUAUGAAAUUGGAAGAGCUUGAGUUGGGCUUGAGACCCAUUAUAUUCAUUGUUCAUUCCAUGGGGGGCCUCGUCGUUAAGCAGGCCUAUAUUCUUGGCCAAAACGACGAUCAGUAUUCGAACAUCGUAUCGUCGAUCAGUGCGAUAUUGUUUUUGGCGACACCACAUCGCGGGUCUAAUCUGGCUGAUAUCUUAACCAAGAUCCUGACAGUGUCACUGUUCAAUCAUAGUCCCAAAUUAUACAUAUCAGAGCUCACUACCGGGUCUCAGACUGUAGCAGCUCUGAACGAGCAAUUCCGCCACAUCGCUCCGAACCUGGACAUACUUUCGUUCUAUGAGACCCUACAGACCUCAAUCGGCCCGAAAAAGAUGAUGGUGGUGGAGAAAGAAUCAGCUACUCUCGGGUAUCCGAAAGAGAUUUCAAAGCCUUUGGUUGCCGAUCAUCAUACGGUCUGCAAGUUUGGUAGUACCCAGGACGACAAUUACAUCAGCGUUAGAAAUGCCUUGAAAACUUUGGUCUCGUCUAUUCGCUCGGCAGGACAAUCUUUAUUUGGAGACCAGGGGAAAACACAAGUUGAACAGUUGCAGACUCUGUUGGCAGUGUCAGAUGCCUUUAAUGAUGAUCUCGAAUUCUUUCAUUCCAGGUGGACACCUGGAACUUGCGACUGGAUUCUCUUCCAUCCAUCCUUCAUGCAUUGGAUGGAUGAAGCCGAGGAUUCCCCAACCAUGCUGUGGUUGCACGCCUUGCCAGCGAGUGGCAAAUCGGUUUUAUCGGCCUUUGUCACGCAUAAGCUCCUAGAAGAGUCUAUUUGUGUGUACUACUUCUUUCGAUUCAGUGACGAGUCCAAGCGCUCGCUAAGUGCCUGCUUGAGGAGCAUUGCUUUCCAGAUUGCAAAGCAGCUGCCCGGAUUUUGCCGCGCAUUGAAAAACAUGCCUUCCGCCACAAAGACGUUGGAAAAAACGGACUACAAGGUCAUUUGGGAGAGAAUAUUCGUUCAACUGCUGUUCAAAAUUAGAUUUUCUUCAACAAUCUAUUGCGUUAUCGAUGCACUUGACGAGUCCGACAACCCACAGCAGCUGGUAGAGCUAAUGCGGAGUGUAUCGCAUUCAUUGACGCGCAUCAAGGUGAUCCUUGUUAGUCGGCAAACGUCGGGGCUCAUCACAACAUUUGACAGAUUGUCAACUGUGCUUUCGGUGGCGUACUUGCCACUGGAGAGUACCAAAAGAGACAUAAGGCUCUAUGUCGAAGGAGAAGUAGAAUACUUGCGUGCCGCCCCCGAAUUCAAAGCGCGGUUGGUGAACAAAAUGGUGAACUGUGCGAAUGGUAAUUUCCUAUGGGCCAGUCUCGCAAUGCGCGAGGUGGCGGAGUGCAAUACAGAAGAGGACGUCGAUGAAACGCUGGGUGGUAUCCCGGGUGGUAUGGAACAAUUAUAUCAACGCAUGGAGCGCACCAUCAUCGCGAGCACAAAGCCACGCGACCGCAAACUGGGACAGAGAAUCCUGAUGUGGGCCACAUGCUCCCGGCGGCCGUUAGUCCUCAGUGAGUUGGCACAAGCAUUGGAGCCGGACUUUUUGCCCAUGGUGGAGAUGAGCCUCCUCAUCAAUCGUGUUUGCGGGCAGUUUGUCAUUGUUGACUCUGCUACUGGUCGAUUAGUGAUGGUCCAUCAGACUGCGAGGGAUCAUAUAGUGGCGACAGACUCAGAACUAGGAGUCAAUGUAUCAGAAGGUCAUGAGAAGUUGUUGACCAAGUGCCUGGCUGUCUUGGAGGAGAAGCAGCACCAACCUCGAGAUCUACAUCUUCAACCCGGGAAUCGGAAAGACAGCUUGAGGGGAGAAUUUUUCUACUAUGCAAUGACCUCAUGGGCUUAUCACCUGGAUAAAGUAUCCUCUGAUUCAGAUGCACCGCUACUUCUUUUGGCCAAGUUCCUCAAAGGCAACCACGUUCUAGACUGGAUUGUGGCACUGGCUGAAGCGAGGAAAUUACGAGUUCUCGUGUCUUCUGCAAAGAGCAUGAACCUAUACGCCCGCCGCAAACGAGGCCGCAAUGCUGUGACACACCCAAUGGUUCAUCGGCUUGAGGAACUGGACUUGGUGGAAUCCUGGGCAACAGACUUGCUUAAACUCAUCGGGAAGUUUGGGCUGCAUCUGACCGAGUGCCCUACCUCUAUCUACCAGGAAAUCCCGCCGUUCUGCCCAAAGGCUUCGAUGAUAUAUCGACAAUUCGAACAAUUUGCUCCCCGUCCAUAUUCUCUGGAAGUCAAGGGACUUUCAAAGUCCACGUGGGAUGAUGGACUAGCAAAGAUCUCACUCCAACCAGCAACGCAGGGUCUCAUAAUUGUUUGCGCGGGAGAUCAUUUUGCUGUGUUGACCGGCCUAGGAGUAAUUACUUUAUACAACUCCACGACUUUUGAGACUAAGCAUGUGCUCAAGCACGCAGAGGGGGUUUCCGCAAUGAGUUUCAGUCGCGGCUCCAAUCUUCUCGUGACAUACGGAUACCGGACAACAAAGAUUUGGUCUGUCGAUUCGGGAGAAAUCAUGCAUCGGAUCAAGAAUCCCAUUGGGAGUUCGGCCUUGGCCAUAAUAUUCUCCACCGAGGAUACCCAGAUUGUCGUCGGAUCAACGGAUCGACUUCUUAGAGUCGCUCGACUGACGGACCAAGCUCCCACCUGGUCGAUCUUAAAUGGCAGCCUUCUGACAACGGCCACGGCUCUGGACAGGCCUGUGAAUAACGUCCCUUGGCGUAUGGCAUUUAAUGCUGACGCAACCUGUGUGGCUGUCGCAUAUCGCGGUUCUCCUCUAUGUGUCUGGUCCUUGGAGACUGCCACUCUCCUGGGACGGUGUAUGCGUAGCCAUGAAUACGCGGGGAAUUCUUGGACCGUUGUAGACCAGAUGAUCUGGCAUCCGAAAUCCCAAGAAAUUCUCGGUCUGUAUAUGGGAGGGCAAGUCUUCAGAUGGAACCCAUACACGAACAGCCAGCAGGAAUUGGAAGCCGAGGGAAAACUUAUUGCGUGCAGUCCUGAGGGCAAGUUCUUUACGGUGGCCGAUACCCAGGGCAUGAUCAAGCUGUAUAGUUUCCAUCAUUUCACCCUAAUCUACAAGCUCUCCUGCGAUCAUGUCAUCAACGAUAUCUGCUUCAGUCCAGACAGCAAACGACUAUAUGACCUUCGUGGUCCAUGGUGCAAUGUUUGGGAGCCGAAUGCAUUACUUGCAGGGGACGAGAAUGGUGAGGAUAGUGACCUUGGGAGUGAGGCGGCCAGCAUUCCAUCGGCCAUUGUCUCCGAGGCUUCUGCAGAAGUACGGGCACAGAUCACCGCAAUUGCCGUUCAAUUCGGAGGGCGAUACCAUGCUGUUGGAAAUGAACAUGGAGUUGUCAGUGUAAUAGACUCCUCAGAUGGCGAGCAUGUGACAUCUGAGCUCUGGAGAUCACCUUUGGAACUACCAAUUGAAUAUUUGGAUUGGUCAUCUGACGGAAGAUUCCUAGCCAGUGUGGAAAUGGCAGGGAGGGUCGUCGUGAAGAAGAUUCAUGAGACUCAUACAGGCAGCGACCGAACUUGGAGUGUCAACCAAGAAUUUGAGGCGACAAUCAAUGUUAGUCCCGAAGGCGUUCAACAAGUCCUGCUCAAUGGAAAUGGGACAAUUGUUUUAGUCAAAAAUGGGCCUUCAGUCACCGUUCAACCGGUGACGUCGACCCGAUCCAGCAGAGAGCCUCUCGCUAUUACAUCGCCAGAUACGAAGUGGAUCAACCAUCUAACAGACUCAAAGCUAUUAUUGUCUUUCAGCACCAGUCAUGCUCGUGUCUAUAGAUGGGACGAUCUUCGUGAAAUUGCUGUCAUGGAUUUGGCGAGACCACCAUUACUAUCCGAAUUAGAUCCCAAGGUCACUCCAGAUAUUGUUCAAGACCGCCAGCACAGUAAACAAAACGCCAAAAUCCAGCGCAUCUGCCGCGCUCAUUCGGGCUCUCACUUCCUCAUCCACACCACAGUCUUGACCAACGGCCGCAGAGAAACCGCCACAUUGCUGUUUCAAACAUCUUCUCUGUCCCAAUUACCAACUACGCCAACCAUAUCUGCCUCGACCGAAACUAAUAUGACAAUCCCAGCCGAAAUUCAACGCCAGAUUGAAAUCCCCCUUGGAAUUCUCUCGCGUCAGCGCCUUGUUUUCCUUGACAAAAGCUACUGGGUAUGUUCUUGGAGCCUCGGUUCCAACUUCAACCCGGACCAAGUACAGCGACACUACUUCCUCCCCAAGGACUGGUUGAAUAUGGAAUGCUUGGAGCUGUGUGUUUUGCUUCCGAAUGGGGUGUUUUUGAUGCCGAAUAAUGGGGAGCUGGCUGAGAUUACUAGCACCUGGCUAUCUCAUGGGUGA